AUGUCUGAAUACGACACUACUACUUUCGGCGAUGAGGAUGUGAUGGAAGAGGAGGAGUACGCCACACGGGGUGCCGAUGGAAUGGAUCAGGAGAUGAUGGAGGAUGAAGAGGAGGAAGAAAUCACGCAGGAGGACACAUGGACUGUGAUCAGUGCCUACUUCGAAGAGAAGGGCUUAGUGCGGCAGCAGCUCGAUUCGUUCGAUGCCUUCAUUCAGAACACCAUGCAAGAGCUCGUGGAUGAAUCGCCCGACCUCAUCCUCCAACCCGAAUCCCAGCACAAGCCCGGCGCUGGGCCACAGACGCAGACCCGCUACAUCAUCAAUUUUGGCCAAAUUUAUCUCAGUCGGCCCACCAUGACGGAAGCCGACGGCAGCACCCAGGCCAUGCUUCCCAACGAAGCCCGCCUGCGCAACCUCACUUAUUCGGCGCCUUUGUUCGUGGACAUGUCCAAGACGACGAUCACCGCGGCGGGCGAAGAAGGGGAGACUCACCAGUCCACGGAGGAGCUCUCGCGAGUGUUCAUCGGCAAGGUGCCGAUCAUGUUGCGUUCGAACUACUGCAUGCUGGCGGGUGCGCCGUCGGACAAGGACCUGACGGAGUUGGGCGAGUGUCCGUACGACCAGGGCGGUUACUUUGUGAUCAACGGGAGCGAGAAGGUGCUGAUCGCGCAGGAGAAGAUGAGCCACAACCACGUGUACGUGUUCAAGAAGCAGGCGCCCUCCAAGUACGCCUACGUGGCCGAGAUCCGGUCGUGCCUGGAGACGGGCAGCCGGCCGACGAGCACGAUGUACGUCAAGAUGAUGCAGCGGUCGGGGUCCAAGGGCCAGACGCUCAAGGCGACGAUCCCCUACAUCCGGCAGGACAUCCCCAUCAUCAUCGUCUUCCGCGCGCUCGGGUUCGUGGCCGACCGGGAGAUCCUCGAGCUGAUCGUGUACGACUUUGACAACAAGGACAUGAUGGAGAUGCUGCGCCCGUCGCUCGAGGAGGCCUUCGUCAUCCAGGACCAGGCCGUCGCUCUCGACUACAUCGGCAAGCGCGGCACCACGACCGGCGCCACGCGCGAGAAGCGCAUCAAGUACGCCAAGGAGAUCCUCCAGAAGGAGAUGCUGCCCCACGUCGGCAUCUCCCAGUACUGCGAGACCAAGAAGGCCUACUUCUUUGGCUACAUCAUCCACCGCCUCCUCCUCGCCGCCCAGGGCAAGCGCCCGCUCGACGACCGCGACCACUACGGCAACAAGCGCCUCGACCUCGCCGGCCCGCUCCUCGGCACCCUCUUCCGACAGCUCUUCAAGAAGCUCAACAAGGACGUACGCGGCUACCUCCAGAAGUGCGUCGACUCGGGCAAGGAGUUCAACCUCAUGAUGGCUGUCAAGUCCAAGACCAUUACGAACGGGCUCAAGUAUUCGCUGGCUACGGGCAACUGGACGUCGACGCGGUCGGUGGGGGCCAAGUCGGGCGUGUCGCAGGUGCUCAACCGGCUCACGUUCGCGUCUACGCUGUCGCACUUGCGCCGGCUCAACACGCCCAUCGGGCGCGAGGGCAAGCUGGCCAAGCCGCGCCAGCUGCACAACACGCACUGGGGCAUGAUCUGCCCGGCCGAGACGCCCGAGGGCCAGGCCUGCGGGCUGGUCAAGAACCUGGCCCUCAUGGCCUACAUCUCCGUCGGCUCCGCGUCGGCCCCGAUCCUCGAAUUCCUCGAAGAGUGGAGCACGGAGAAUCUCGAGGAGAUCUCGCCCUCCAACAUUCCCGCCGCCACCAAGAUCUUCGUCAACGGCGCGUGGGUGGGCAUCCACCGGCAGCCCGACCACCUCGUGCAGACCCUGCGCUCGCUGCGUCGCUGCGUCGACGUGUCGGCUGAGGUGUCGGUCGUGCGCGACAUCCGCGAGCAGGAGCUGCGCCUCUACACCGACGCCGGCCGCUGCUGCCGCCCCCUCUUCAUCGUCGACAAGCAGCGCCUCCUCCUCAAGAAGUCCGACAUCCGCGACAUCCAGAAGCUGCAACAAGACGAGAGCCUCUCGGAGAAGGGCUGGUCGCACCUGGUGUCGCAAGGCUUCGUGGAGUACAUCGAUUGCGAGGAGGAGGAGACGGUGAUGAUCGCCAUGACCAUCGACGACCUCAAGAAGUCCCGCAGCGAAGAGGCGUAUUCGUACACGUACACGCACUGCGAGAUCCAUCCGUCGAUGAUCCUGGGCAUCUGCGCGUCGAUCAUUCCGUUCCCCGACCACAACCAGUCACCGCGUAACACGUACCAGUCGGCCAUGGGCAAGCAGGCCAUGGGCGUGUACACGACCAACUACCAGCUCCGCAUGGACACCCUCGCGCACGUGCUCUACUACCCGCAGAAGCCCCUCAUCACCACCCACUCCAUGGAGCACCUCCACUUCCGCAAGCUGCCCUCGGGCCAGAACGGCAUCAUCGCCAUCGCGUGCUACUCGGGCUACAACCAGGAGGACUCGCUCGUCAUGAACCAGUCGUCGGUCGACCGCGGCUUCUUCCGCUCCGUGUUCUACCGCUCCUACGUCGACUCGGAGAAGCACAUGGGCCAGUACGACGAGGAGUUCGAGAAGCCCAUCCGCGAGGACACCAUGGGCAUGCGCCACGGCUCCUACGAAAAGAUCGAAGACGACGGCCUCAUCGCACCCGGCACGCGCGUGUCGGGAGAUGACAUCAUCAUCGGCAAGACGACCCCCGUGUCGCCCAACGAGGAGGACACGCGCGCGCAGCGGUUCUCCAAGAAGGAUUCCUCCAUCUCCGUCCGGUCGUCGGAGACCGGCAUCAUCGACAAGGUGAUGCUCUCCACCAACUCCGACGGCUACAAGUUUUGCAAGGUGAGGGUGAGGUCGGUGAGGACGCCCCAGAUCGGCGACAAGUUCAGUUCGCGCCAUGGCCAAAAGGGUACGGUGGGCAUCAUGUACCGGCAGGAGGACAUGCCCUUCAACAUCGAAGGCAUCACCCCCGACAUCAUCGUCAACCCGCACGCCAUUCCCUCGCGUAUGACUAUCGGCCAGUUGAUCGAGUGUCUGAUGGGCAAGGUGUCGGCCACCACGGGCGAGGAGGGUGACGCGACGCCCUUCACCAAUACCACCGUCGAGUCCAUCUCCGAUCUGCUGCACGGCGUGGGCUACCAGAGGCGUGGCAACGAAGUCAUGUACAACGGCCACACCGGCCGCAAGCUGGAGGCGCAGUUCUUCAUCGGACCCACCUACUACCAGAGGCUGAAGCACAUGGUGGACGACAAGAUCCACUCGCGCGCUCGCGGCCCGGUGCAGAUUCUCACGAGGCAGCCCGUGGAGGGCCGAUCGCGCGACGGUGGUCUCAGGUUCGGAGAGAUGGAGCGCGACUGCAUGAUCUCCCACGGCGCGGCCCAGUUCCUCAAGGAGCGACUCUACGACCAGUCUGACGCCUACCGCGUGCACGUGUGCGACCUGUGCGGCAUGAUCGCCAUCGCCAACCUCCGCAAGAACACCUUCGAGUGCCGCAGCUGCCGAAACAAGACCCAGAUCUCGCAAGUGCACAUCCCCUACGCGUGCAAACUUCUCUUCCAGGAGCUCAUGUCGAUGUGCAUAGCGCCCCGCAUGCUGCCCGCCUGA